UGAGGGGAGGAGCUUUCGUUCUUUGCAGCAGUAUCAACAUGCCUGAACAUAGACAGGGCUAGUUAUCCACAACGAAAGAAGMAGAAGUGGAAAGCAAAACUCCUAAAGGAAAUCAUAACUAGCUAGCUGAAGACAUGAGCACAUUUCUGAAAGCGGCUAUUUGGAAACUGUGGACUAGGAUGCCUUUCUGCCACCGAUUUCCUCAAAGGCAUUAUUGAGUUCAGAACGUUAGCGUUCGGAUCACAACCAAACACCAUGGAUCAGAAUGACAAAAGGAGUUGCACGAAUGAAACUCAUACAUUUACUGGUGACCAGUCACUUCACUGAGGGACCACACACUUGAUUUCUGGACACGUACUCGCCGCCACAAUGAGAUAAUACAGCAGCAGAUAAUACAGCCGUGACAUUCGUCCACCCUGAGUUAAUUUCCACAAUCCAACAUGACCACACCAGCUCUACUGCCACUGUCGGGCCGCAGGAUACCCACCCUGUCACCCGGUGCCGCCUCUUUCCCACACCACAGGGCCACCUUGAGACUCUCAGAGAAGUUUAUCCUGCUCCUCAUCCUCAGUGCCUUCAUCACUUUAUGCUUUGGAGCUUUCUUCUUCCUCCCGGACAACUCAAAACACAAGCGCUUCGACCUGGGCUUGGAAGACGUGCUGAUUCCGCACAUCGAGGCGCCCAAAGGGGCUAAGCAUCCUGGUGGACAGGUGGUCAUACAUGGACAGGGGGACCAUGAUGAACACAGACACAGGGAGGAGGAGGAGAGCCUGCGGGAUAAGAUCCGAGCGGACCACGAGCGGGCGUUGCAGGAAGCAAAGGAGAAGCUGAGGAAGUCCCGGGACGAGCUGCGGGCUGAGAUCCAGACGGAGAAGAGCAAGGUGCUGGAGGACCUGAAGAAGGAGGGGCCCAAGCCGUUACCGCCGGUCCCCAUGCCCAAGGUGGUGGGGGUCAACGAUGGAGACCCUGGGGAGCCCGACAUCAAGGAGAAACGAGACAAGAUCAGAGAGAUGAUGAAGCAUGCGUGGGACAGCUACAGACAGUACGGAUGGGGACACAACGAGCUGAAACCUCUCGCCAAGAAAGGACAUUCCACCAAUAUCUUUGGUAAUUCCCAGAUGGGGGCCACCAUAGUGGACGCCUUAGACAGCCUGUACAUGAUGGGACUUCACGACGAGUUCAAGGACGGACAAGAGUGGAUAGAGCAGAACCUGGACUUCAGUGUGAACGCUGAGGUGUCUGUCUUCGAGGUCAACAUCCGCUUCAUUGGAGGACUGCUUGCCGCCUAUUACCUCUCAGGACAGGAGGUGUUUAAGGUGAAGGCGGUUCAGUUGGCUGAGAAGCUGCUCCCAGCCUUCAACACUCCCACAGGCAUCCCCUGGGCCAUGGUCAACCUCAAGAGUGGUGUGGGUCGUAACUGGGGCUGGGCGUCAGCAGGCAGUAGUAUCCUAGCAGAGUUUGGAACCCUCCACAUGGAGUUUGUCCACCUCACUUACCUCACCGGGAACCCUGCAUACUAUCAGAAGGUGAUGCACAUACGGAAGCUGCUUGCCAAAAUGGACCGACCCAACGGGCUCUACCCAAACUAUCUGAACCCUCGUACCGGCCGCUGGGGCCAACACCAUACAUCAGUUGGAGGUCUGGGAGACAGUUUCUAUGAGUACCUGCUGAAGGCCUGGCUCAUGUCAGACAAGACCGACACAGAGGCACGCAAGACCUACGAUGACGCUAUCGAGGCCAUCGAGCGUCACCUGAUCCGUAAGUCCAACGGCGGCCUGACGUUCAUCGGGGAGUGGAAGAACGGCCACCUGGAGAGGAAGAUGGGUCACCUGACGUGCUUUGCCGGGGGGAUGUUCGCUCUGGGGGCCGACGGCUCGCCUGACGACAAGGCUGGACACUACCUACAGCUGGGGGCUGAGAUCGCACACACCUGCCACGAGUCCUACGACCGCACCGUGUUGAAGCUGGGUCCGGAGGCCUUUAAGUUUGACAGUGGUCUGGAGGCAGUGGCAGUACGUCAGAAUGAGAAGUACUACAUCCUGAGGCCAGAGGUCAUCGAGACCUACUGGUACAUGUGGAGGUUCACCCACGACCCCAAGUACAGGCAGUGGGGCUGGGAAGCAGCACAGGCCAUUGAUAAGUACUGCAGGGUCAGCGGUGGGUUCUCUGGGGUCAAGGACGUCUACUCGUCCAACCCAACCUACGACGAUGUCCAGCAGAGCUUCUUCCUGGCCGAGACGCUCAAGUAUCUGUACCUGUUGUUCUCCAGUGAUGAGCUGAUGCCUUUGGAGAGCUGGGUGUUCAACACGGAGGCCCACCCCCUGCCGGUACUGCACCUUGCCAACCUCACCCUCCCAGGGAGCCAGGCCCAGCGGUAGAGACCAGGGGACCUCCAGGGGGCCACAGCGGCCCUGUCUGCCUCCAUCUCUCCCUCUCACUGCUACAGACAGCAGAAGGAGAGAGCUCAGACCACUGCAGAGUGGAGGGGACUGAAACAAUAGCCUUUCUCGCUCUUCUUUAAUUCUCUGGCUCGUACUCUUUCUAUAGCUCUCUCUGCUUCUCGUCAGGACGGAGGGUGCGUUUGACUUUUGUGAUUGGCUGGGAAGUCCUCCUAUUCGUCGUUACUUUUUUGUUGAAACACAGAGCCACAAUCAGGAAGCUUGAUUGUUUUGGCCAAACUGUCUCAUAAUGGAUGCACACAGGAGCAAGACAGUGUGUACCAACAAACAGACAGAUGGACCUUCCUCUGAAGGGAUGUGUAUGUUUCAGACAGACUGACAGUCAAACCGAAGACUAUGGGGUUUGUUUUCUUUUGUCAUUUUGUGUCCUGGACGCUGAUUGGCGGGGACAUGACAGACUGCGACCGUCCUAGUCCUUCUGCCAUUUCCUGUUUACUGUCUUACUCUGAACUUUGACCUGGAACUGUAUCAGUGUCACUUUGUGGACGGGAGCAACGGCUUCAUGCCUACCCUUCUGGAACCUUUGAAAAGUGGACCGGUGAUAUGGACCUAUUUUCCAUAGCAUUCUCUAUGCUACAUUCUGCCGUUUCUGUAUACUUUCUCCUCUUUUGUCUCUUUCUGUCACACUCUCUCGCUCUGUAUCUCCCUCUCCUUCCAUCUCUUAUGAUUAGCAGGUGACGUAGCUUAGCCUGGCCUCAUGAUGUUGCUGCUAUUCAACCGAUGCUGCAUCUCUACCUUGUCUUACCACCAUUCCAACUCCCUCCAUCUUCUCUUUCUUGUCAUUCUUCUUCACUUCUCCAAUCACGCCUUUCUAGACUGGUAAACUUCCGUUCCUGUCUUUUCCAUAAAUCACCACCACUCCACAGGCAGAUUGGGACAAGGCUUGUUUUGGCAGUGUUUUCUGUCUGCUGAUUAAAUGGCCCCUAUAGAUAAAUUGUUAUGCACUUUGUUGUUUGUAUUACUAAGAGGGAAAAGAGUUACACCACUGUCGGAGCUGAAGACACAAAGCCCUCCAUUUAUAAUCUCUGUGUCUUUGACAAGGACCCAUAGUGUUGCACUGCCACUGAUGGGGAGGGCCUGGAGUUCUUACUGUUUAGGAACAACUCCUCACCCUGCUGAUAGGAUUCUACCCAAACUGUUUCUUGUUCUUAUCCUAAUCACCACUCUCAAAUUAGGACUUGGCCUCAGUCACCUGUGCAAUGAGUGUAAUGAGUGUAUGUUGAAUGUUAAGGCAUUCAUUCUCUAUGGACUUGUGUGUUCUAAAUUGAUCUAUUGUGUUUUGUGUGAAUGUGGUUCCUGCAACAGUAGAUGGAACGCAAGGAAGUCUGCUGUGUUCAGUGAUGAAUCUGUGAUUGGUGUGUUGAUGUGGAUGGGGAGGGGAAUACUUUAGGUUUAGGGGGCUGAAGGUAACACUAGGAAAUAGAACGGUACCUUGCAAGAAAUAACAUUUUUGUUGGACCUAUACAUUAAUUUAAAGCCUUAUCAAGUGUUACUAUGUGAUGCCUUUCUCCAAUACUGUGCUUUUUCAUUAUAAUUUUUUUACAAAAAGUUAUUCAUACACCAGUUCCUUUUCUAUAGCCACCCUGCUGUCCUCUAAGCAGAAGCCACCCCUGCU